AUGUGGUUCACGCUGUUAAUUUGUUACUGUUUAUCAUUGAUCUCGGACGCGAGUCCAUGGCGUCCCGUCAAUCCGAUGUUCGGAGAGCAAAUCGAUCUCGUCGGUGUGACAAACGAGAGUUUCACUCCCAAUUGGACUAAAAGCGUCGAGAACGAGGAGACCAAAGACACGAUCGAUACACCGGACACGGAUAACGCUUUCAGUUCGACGCGAGUCCCGUUCAAUUUCAUCGAUCGCGAUCGCGAGCCUUUGGACGAAGUGGAACGUGUCGAGCCCAGGCAAUGGCCGGUUCGACCGGAUAUACUUUAUACUCGAAAUUCUGUUCCUUCCACCACGGCAAUCUCGUUGCCCCGUAAUCCACUUAAUCCACCUACGCUCGCCCAAAGGGAUCCGUCGACGCAAAGGUAUCCUUCAGUAACCGCACCACCCCCCACAGCGUCUGUGGAUGAAGUUUUCUGCGACUUUGGAUCGUUUCCGGCACAGACGCUCUGCGAAUGGCAAAACGGCGAUGGUGUGCUGGAUUGGGCGGCUGGUACCGGAAUGGGUACCAAUUGGCUGGGUGGCCCACCGAGCGAUUAUACAACUGGGACCAUGGAAGGAGGGUAUGCUUUCCUAGAAACAUCCCAGACACCAGUGAGAGACAGCAAGGUGAAAACCUUGGGGGGGCUAUUGCAUAGUCCUCAGUUAGGGAGUACAGGAGUAACUGGAACCUGCAUUAUGUUCAAAUACGCCAUGGACGGGCUGAGCGUUGCCGGUUCGACGCUGCCUUCCUGUAAACCGAUAGAACCCGUCAGCGAGCGUGUCAUUUGGAACGCUCAAUAUUAUAGUCUCGGCGUUUGGCAACAAGCACAGAUACUCUACACUUAUCCAGAGUUACAUUCGAUAAUCAUCGAGGGAAUUCCCGUGGAACCCACCGAUCUGGCUCGUUUAUACAGAGGAUACGUAACUGUGGAUGACAUAGAUCUACAACCUGGUACUUCCUGUGUCGGGUUCUGUAACUUUGCGGGUGGAUUUUGCGAUUGGAGUAACGACGCAGAGGAUGACUUUGAUUGGACGAUCAGCCGAGGUAGUGGAAACCCAACGACUGGGCCGGCAAUGGACAGUUCCGGUGAUCGUGCAACGGGUGGGGGCUAUGCAUACAUAGAUUCCUCGUUUCCACGGAGACCAGGUGACAAAGCUAGGCUUCUUAGCUCGAGCUUCCCUGCGCCCAGCGCCGAUACACCUAUGUGUCUACACUUCUGGUUCCACAUGUUUGGCGCUGGAAUCGGUACGCUGAGGCUGUUUUUACGGCAUUUUCGCAGCCUGGACGCGCCACUUCGAGAAAUUUGGAGUGUGAACGGAAACGCUGGAAACACUUGGUUCGUCGCUCAAAUUACCAUCGGCUCUAUAGACGAUUUUCAACUCGUGUUCGAGGCGUCGGUGGGAAACACUGGAAUGGGAGACAUCGCUGUCGACGACAUCUCCUUUACCCAAGGGUCUUGUCCUGUUUCGCCGCAAGUUGCUUCUCCGACGCCACGUGACUGCACGUUCGAAGUGGACGAGUGCGAUUGGAUUAAUUCCAGAGAUCCCGAUCGAGUUGAAUGGGAGAGGGUAUCGUUUCAAGCGCUGAGCCCAAGGAACCAACGGAAACCGUACAGUAAUGGAUAUACGAUCAACCGUAGAAACGAAUACUUCCUUGGUCUGGGUCGCCCACGAGGAGGACCCCGGUCGGUCGGAGGAGGGACAGGCCAGCUUAUUAGCCGAGAGAUAAAAGGCACCGAUGAGCCUCUUUGUAUCACAUUCUGGUACUUCAUGUUUGAAUCAUUCAUCGAUUCCAGCGGGCCAAGCUUAGGGGUGCUUCGGGUGUCUGUACAGACAACUGGAGAUUCUUCUACGGAAUCCAGACCGGUCUGGCAGCUUUACAAUAAUCAAGGACCUACCUGGAACUACGCACAGAUCAGUAUAAAAGACAGGAACGACUUCGACGUGGUGUUCGAGGGUACCUGGGGUCCCAAUCGGGCCAGUGGUAGUAUUGGCGUCGACGAUAUUUCCUUUUAUACCGGCAACUGCACAGCGAAACCACCGAGUGCAUCAGCAAGACCGGAGGACUGCAGCUUCGAAAAAGGAUUAUGUGGCUGGGAAAACAUCACGUCCUCGGACAACGAGCGCGCUGUCACCUGGCAGCGCGCGUUUCUUGCUCACAGACCAGCCCAGUUAUUGGACAAGACGUUCGGAGCAACCGGUGACUUCGUCUUUUUCGAUAUUUUCACGACCAAUCAGAAAUUAGCUGACGUACGGCUGCGAUCACCGGUCAUACAGACCUCGCCGGACGAAGAAUCCGUUUGCUUCACCUUUUGGUUCGCCGCCUUUGGAGUCGAGGAAUCUACGACGUUGCAAGUAAUUAAGAUGAACGCCGAAGAAGAGCAAAGCGAUGACGAAAAAGAAAAUGGAACGCAGGAACAACCCUUAUGGUCGCUAACGGCGAAAGGAUUUAACAAUCCAAGACCUGUAUGGACAGCUGCACAAGUCACCAUAGAUGCGCGUGUACCGUAUCGUCUUAUCUUAAGGGGAAGUGCCAGCAACGGAGGUUUCGCUAUCGACGACAUAAAAUUCCAGCCUCAAAGUUGUGCAAUUCGACCGAUUGCUGCUCAACCCGUCAACAACGAGAGCUAAGAUCGACACCAACCGUUUAAACCCUCCGACAUGAAGGACGUAUAACUAAACUACUGAAGG